AUGGCGGAUGAUAGUGAGUUGACUUCAACGCUCACAUACCCUACAAAAAAGACUUUAUUUCCAAUACAACGAUCUGAACUAAAUUCAGAUGGGGCUUCCCAUGGCCUCCUUUUCCCUUGUGUUUCAGGGAAAGAAGUAGCUGAAGAUGGUGUCAAAGGUGUAAAUCAACCAAAUUGGCUUCGAAAUGAAAGCUACAAAGCCGUCAUUGAGCAUCGAAAUACUUUUACGGAGCAACAUGAGCCUGCAGACCAAGGGGGCAAACGUGUACAUUCAGACAUUUCUAGUUCAGAUGACGAAGGGGGACUCCAUUCCAGCAAGGAAAUAAAAGUAGAAGGUUCUGAUAUUGACCAUAAAGAACGAAAGCACCACAAGGACAAGAGGAAACACAAACAUAAAAAGAAACGAAAACAUAGACAUGAAAAAUCAGGGCCUAAAGAGUGUAUUAAUGAAGAUGCAAGCAAACCUGAUACAAUUUGGAUCGAAGAAGCUCAACUUGUCCCUGAGAAAGCCUUUAGACUUCACAAAAAACCUGAUAUGGCCAAUCGAAUGUAUGACACACUCUAUAGGUUAGAUAUUGCUUUGUAUAAAUUGAAGUCAAAUGCGACUUGUCUUGGUCUUGGUAAACAUCAAGUUGUUGAGCUGUCUGUAAAGAAAGGUAAGAAAAAGAGGAAGCGGGAUCAGAUGGUAAGAUAUUGGAGUAUAAAGGACUUCCAGGUACCAGAGAACACUGACAACAUUUCUGUGAUGUUGCAAAGUGCUGUGGAUAUGUCAAGCCAGAGAGUUGACUUGGGUGAUGGUAGAAGUUAUAUAUCCCUCAAGUUACCUGGUGAAGGUGAUGUAAGCCAAAGGGAAAGCAGUCACACUUCUUCACAAGAGGCAUCAGUGGCUGAUAGAGAUUCUAGAGAAUCUGAAGUCUUGCAAAAGACUGGAGAACUAAACAAGAUCUUGCGUGACAAACCACAUGACAUUCAAACAUGGCUAUCUCUUGUUGAUCUUCAAGAAGAGGUUGUAAGACAAGAAGACUCAGUAAAAUCAAGUUUCACAGCAACUGGUAGAGAAAGGAGAAAAGCUUCCACUAGAACCAUAAUUGAAAAGAAAAUUGCUGUCCUUGAAAAAGCUUUGCAAAAAAAUCCAAACUCAGUUGAACUGAUAGUUGGUCAUUUAAAUCUGUGUAACGAGAUCUUGGAUACUGAGGAAUUGGUUCAGAAAUGGAAGAAAGUCAGUUUUGUUCACCCAAACAAUACUCUGUUAUGGAAAAACUAUAUACUUUUUAUGCAAUCCAGAUUCUCAGUGUUCUCAUUUAGUAAGACAGCAGCAGUGUAUGGUAAAUGUUUAAGUACAUUGUCAUCUAUAAAGGAGGGAACUUUUGCAUCACACCAGGCUGAAGGUGACUUGGAGAGUGAAAUGGUGGACUUGUUUAUCAGGGAAUGCCAAUUUACAAAGCAGUCAGGACACAUAGAAAAGGCUGUAGCCUGCCUGCAGGCCAUGGUGGAACUGAAUUGUUUUUGUUCACCAGAAUUGGAAAGGAACACCCCCAUUACUGGGCAGAUGGCGUUUUUGGAGACAUUUUGGGACAGUGGACAGCCAAGGUUUGGGGAAGAUGGUGCAAGUGGUUGGAAGUCAUGGUUGGCUCAAGGAAAUAGCACUGAUUCAUCUAAAGUGACAUUUAUUGAUGUCAAGAAGACUUUCAGGGAAAGCUCUGGUAAAGCAGUAGAUGAGAGUGAUUCUCAUAAUGAUAAUGAUGAUGACUUCACCAUUGAUAAAGAGCAGCCUCUGUGGAGAAGUUGGCUUCAAAUUGAAUUAAACAGGCAAAGGAGACAUUUGUGUCCAUGGGAACCAGAUAAGGAAGCAGGGGAAACAGAGGAGGACUGUGAUGAUGCUGAGAGACUUGUUUUGUUUGACGACUUUAGUUCAAGUUUGUUCAAAAUUUCUGAUCCUGGGAACAGGCUGAAGCUUGUGUUAACUUUCUUAAAUCUGCUUGGAGUAUUGGUACCUUGCAUAACCUCAUCAACAAACACUGAUGUACAUCAAUUCUUGAACACUUCUAUAGAGCACAAGUCACAAUUACUAGAAACUGGAAGACCUGCCAUUUCUCAUUGCCUUGGUUUGUGGCAGUCAUGCUAUUGGGAUGAGGUCACCUUUACUAAUACAAGUGACCUUCAGUGGCCAUCUUCAGAGGCUUUGAAUCUUAUAAGGAACAUCUUUGUACAAAGUUUGCCAGUAUUUGAAGGGCCAACAAGGAGCUUCUUAAUGGUAUUGUGGCUCUGGUUUGAGUUUGGUCUAACUCAGAAAGAGCCAUUGUCAAAACAAAGUAAAAAGAGGUACAAAGAUGUCAGAAAAUUGGCUAAGAGCCUUCUGAAACAACCAGAAAGCAGAAAUGAUCUGAAGCUGUGGCAAGCUUUUGCAGAGAUAGAGUGGUUAUCAGGCAACAAAGAAGAAGCCCGCAGAGUGUUUGACUCCACUCUUUUGAUGGCAGGUGAAAUGUUUCCUGAGGAACAGAGCAGAAGGAUGGCUUUAGUACCUCUUGUCAGGUCCUAUGUUGAGCUUGAAGUUGGCAUCACAUUGAACUCAAAAGAAGACCAGUCAAGUGAAGGAAGCAAGAAAGCAUUACAGAUCUUGACCUCAUUUGCAGAAGGAGCAAGGAUCAAAAUGUCUGCGUCUGAUGUGUCAACUUCAGAUCUAUCUUCUGUUCAACUACUGAAAGCUCGCAGAAUCUACCAGAAGUUGCGGCAAAACAUCUUAGAAACAACUGGACCCCAAGGCAGCAAUGAGUUAUUGGCUGAGCAAAGUAAAGCCACAGGAAGUGAUGUAGUGCAUUUAGAAGCUUGCAUCGCUUUGUUUGAGUACUUGAGCAGUGGUAUCCAAAGUUUGUUAUCCAUGUGUAAUGAAUUCAUUUCACUGAUAUCAUGUGGUGUAUCAAGCCCAUCUGGUCUUAGAGAGAUGGACAUUGAACUCAUCUUGACUUUUUAUGUCAAAUUGUUUAAAUUUCACAGCAAAUUGGGCCAAACUCUUCCACUGAAAGACAUACGACACAUUGCACUUUUUGGGCUGGAAAGGUUUCCGGAUAACCCCAAGUUCUUGUCUUUUUACAUUGAGAGAGAAUCAAAGUCUAUUCUCACUGGAGAAUUAAGAAGGACACUUGACAGAACCACCUUAAAAGCUGAGACACCAGUGCCUUGGAUUUUUGCGCUGUAUUAUGAGCAAUUGCGUGCAGAGUCCCUUGUCUCUGUCAUGGAAUGUACUGAUUCACCCUCUCUAGGUGCUGCAGCUGUGACGUCCCUUCCAGUUACAGGUGUGGUUCAUCGUCAGUAUGCACUGUUUGAAAGAGCAGUGAGCAGUUCCUCUGGAAGACAUUGUGUGGCUUUGUGGAGGAUGUACAUGGAAUUUGAGGCAAAACAUCAAAAGGAGAAGGUAAAGUCAGUGUUCUAUCAAGCCAUACAGAACUGUCCCUGGGCUAAGACUUUGUACAUGGAUGCCGCACAGCUUCUACCAGAUGAUUUGCAAGACAUAGUUGAUUUAAUGGUUGAGAAGGAAAUUAGAGUGCGUGCUCCACUCGAAGAGAUUGAGCUCCUCAUGCAAGAGUAAUGUGGGAUGGUUGAGUUUGAGUGCCACUGCUCUCUGUGACAACAGCUUGUGUUGCAUAAGCAUGCACACCAGAGUUUAUAUCCUGGUGCACCUGAACUGCAGCCAAGGACAGAGACCCAGGAAGAGCCUGCUGAGUUAUAUCACUUGC